CUGUAUAAGAAUGUUUUGUUGAGAAUGAAAAACAUCUUAAAAUAUAUACAAAGAGGUUUGUCAUGUCAAUUACUGAUGCAACGAUAAAUUUACUACAGAGAAUAAUGACAGGAAUUCGAAAUGUUAUUGCGUUUUUUGUUAUUGUGUUAUAUGGAGAGACGCAUGGAAAAUAUUUGGAGGGCCUCAACGUGAAUUUAGGAGAUGCUCUUGUAUUCCUUAGGGAAUAUGAUAGUGCAGCUUCGUUAAUGUGUACGAGAGUGAUGAUAGCCCAAUGGAACUUUGCGACAAACGUUACUGAUACAAACCAUCAAAAAAUGGUGGACGAACAAAUAUUAAAAUUAAAAUUUGAAAGAGCUUCUUGGCGGAAAGCAGUUACUUUUGCUUGGAGUCGAAUACCAGAUCCUUUGGCAAGAAGGGAACUUAAAAUGAUCGCUACGAAAGGUCGAAGUUCCCUGACUGAUGAUAAAUUUAAUGAGAUACAUCGUUUGAUAGCAGAGAUGAAAGAGAUUUAUGUUAAAGCCAGAGUAUGUUCGUACAAACAAAUUGAUGGCGAAUGUAAUUUGAGUUUGGAUUACGAUCUAAAUAAAAUAAUGGCAACGUCAAAAGAUUACGACGAAUUAUUGCAUUAUUGGCAUGCUUGGCAUGAAGUAAUUGGUCCACAAUUACAAAAUAAAUACUUGAGAUAUGUUCAAUUGGCAAAUCGAGCAGCUAAAUUGAAUGGUUUUGCUGAUGCUGGCGAUCAGAUGAGAGAGUUAUUUGAAGAUGAAUAUUUCCAACAAAAUAUGGCGGAGAUAAUGUCAGCAAUAACUCCACUCUAUAAAAAUCUUUUCACUUAUGUGCGAUCAAAACUGAUUGAAAGAUACGGUGAUAGAAUACGCGAGGAUGGACCUUUACCGGCACAUGUUUUAGGAGAUAUGUGGUCUCAAAAUUGGGAAGGUUUGUUCGAGUUAGUGCAACCAUUUCCUGCAAGCCGAAAGCUCGAUGUAACUUUGGAUAUGAUGAUUCAAGGUAUUACUCCAAUAAGGAUGUUUCAAAUAGCGGAAGAAUUUUUUACUUCGCUCGGAAUGAAACCGAUGCCACCGGAAUUCUGGAAAUUUUCUAUAUUAGAAAAACCUAUUGAUAGAGAAAUUAAAUGCACUCCUAGUGCGUGGGAUUUUUGUAAUAGAAUUGAUUACAGGAUAAAACAGUGUACUAGAGUCACAAUGGAAGAUUUGUUAUCUACCCAUUAUGAAAUGGCCCAUUUGCAAUAUUAUUUACAAUACAAGGAUCAUCCAUUGCUAUUCCGAAACGAAGCAAUUCCAGGAUUCCAUGAAGCUGUUAGUGAUGCCAUUGGUUUAUCCAUUUUUACUCGUCAACAUUUACAUAAAAUUGGGCUGCACAAUAAUUUAACGGACAAUUAUGAUAGUAGCAUAAAUUUUUUAAUGUUAAUGGCACUUCGCAAAGUAGCUUAUAUGCCGUUUGCUUAUAUAGUUGAUCGGUGGAGAUGGCGCGUAUUUAGUGACGGCGUGGAAGAUAUGACAGCGCAUUGGUGGGAAUUAAGAUUGCAAUAUCAAGGCAUUGUUCCACCUGUACCCAGAUUUGAAAGGAAUUUUGAUCCAGCAGCGAAAUAUCACAUCCCAGCAGACAGUCCUUAUGCCAAGUAUUUUGUAAGUACUGUAUUACAGUUUCAACUGUUCCAAUCUUUGUGUGAAAUUUCUGGUCAUAUUGGCGAAUUGCACACUUGCGAUCUUUAUAGAUCACGAGAAGCAGGUCGAUUACUAUCAGAUAUUCUGUCAAUGGGAGCUUCUAGACCGUGGCAAGACGUUGUUAGACAUAUGACAAGAAGCAGGACGAACAGAAUAGACGCUGGUGCCAUGCUCAAAUAUUUUGAGCCUUUAAAUGCAUGGUUAAAACGACAAAAUGAGAUGCAACCUGUGAUCGGCUGGAUCACAAGUCGCGAUGACAGAGAAUUAUUCGCACAAUGGUACGAAAACAAUGCACGAAGAAUUGAAUUGUGGAGUUUAUUUCCUCUGCUUGUAACUGCUAAAAUUAUUAUUUAUAUUAAUAAUUAUAUAUUACAUCCAGUGAUUUAA